GCGUCAAAACACUGUCGACACCCGCAUUGAGAAGGCUGAUAGACAAGAUUCCCUCAUCCUUAAUCCACACCAAGGAGCAUAAAUAUAAAUACCCACACUUAAUACCACACCGAUUCCUCACUUAUCUCUUGAUCUACGUGAUAUAAAAACUUGAUAAACGUUGCAAUAGUGCCGAUUUGAGUGUGUUGCGAGUUGAAGAUUAUAUAACGACGCUUGUGUGUGUGUGCAUUCACCUCCUUUAACGGGGUGAAAUUGUGACUGGCUGGUGAGAUAGUGCGUGCUGGUGUUGAGAACUUUCAUUGUGUGGUGAACUCUGCCGCUCCUCAAUGGUGUUUAUCCUGCGAGAAGACGUGACAUUAAGGAAAGGAAUGGUCAUAAUACCCGACUGGCCGCCCAAGGGAAAGGUGUUGACUGAUGGAACGAAGAUAGAUGCCACGCGAAUAUUGGAGAGGGAGCAAGUGAGAGAGACGUGGGACCGUUAGGGAGAGCUUCCCUUCCACCAUUCCAUAGAGAACAACACCUGGUGAGAGGAGCACCAGCGCCAUGCCUCCCCGCAAGGCUGCGGCUACCAAGAGUGGCUCCAAGGGGGCGGCUGCAACCAAGAGCGCCUCCAAGGGGGCGCCCAAGAAGAGGGUUGCAGCCAAUGGCUUCAAGCUCCCAGACCCCAUUGCCCCGGGGCUGGUGGUGAAGGACGUGGCCAAACAGAGCUGGAAGAUCGGCAAGAGCAUUGGUGUGGGUGGCUUUGGGGAGAUUUACCUGGCUUCCAAUGACACCGAGGGUCCUGUGGCCAGUGGCGCCGACUAUGUCAUCAAGGUGGAGCCGCACAGCAACGGUCCACUGUUUGCUGAGAUGCACUGCUACAUGCGGCUGGCCCGGCCGGAGCACAUUGAAGGUUGGAAGAAGGAGAAGCGGCUGAAGCGUCUCGGCAUGCCCAAAUUCUUUGGGUCCGGCUCCUUCGAGUACAACAACCAGAAGUACCGGUUCAUGGUGAUGGAGCGCUUCGGCGAAGACCUUCAGAAGAUCCUAGAGCAGCACAGCAAGAGGCUUUCCUUCAAGACUGUCUAUCAAGUUGGCAUCCAAAUUCUGGACGUACUGGAGUACAUCCACAGCAAAGAGUACGUGCAUGCAGACAUCAAGGCAUCCAACCUCCUUAUUGGUCACAAGCCAGGCACAGAGAACCAGGUCUUCCUUGUAGACUUUGGUCUGGCCCGCUACUACGCCAACGAGGGUCGCCACAAGGAGUACAAGUAUGAUCAGCGCAAGGCCCAUGACGGCACUAUAGAGUUCACCUCCAGGGAUGCACACAUUGGUGCUCACUCUCGGCGUGGUGACCUUGAGAUCCUGGGCUACAACAUGACCCAGUGGCUGUGCUCUCGCCUGCCAUGGGAGGACAACCUUCAGGACUGCAACCAAGUGUUCGCCCAGAAGAGGAAGUACAUGGAGAACGUAGGUGCUCUCAUCUCCCAGUGCUUCCCUGACACUGUUCCUCAUGGCCUAAAGGAGUACCUAGAUUAUGUGGUCAGUCUGGCCUUUGAUGAGAAGCCUGACUAUGAGCGUUGCCGCAACAUUCUGAGGGAGGGGCUGAGGGCAAGGGGCUACAGGGAUGAUGGGAAGCUGGUAUUCACCUCAGCCACCCCUGUUCCUCCCUCCCGCAAGCCCAAGUCUCGUCUCGAUCGCAAGAAACCAUACAAGAGGCGUUCAGAAGAGGAGGAAAAUCUAGGGGACGUCACUCCCAAGAAGCUGAUGAGAGCUUCUAACAUCUCCCCAUGCAGACCCAGGAACAGAGUGAACACUAGGACUUGUCCAAGGACCUCCAUGUUGGGGAUCAGUCUGAGCAAGCCGUGCCAGGUAGACUUUUCCAGUGCAGACUCUCCAGAUGUCAUGAUUGAGAAGGAGAACCAAAGGAUGCUGGCCAGGAAGCAGAGCAUGAGACCCAAGCGGCUGGCCAUCGUGAAGGACACCUCCCUGGACAACCCCACUCCCCAGAUGGUGGAGAUCAUGAACAAAAUACGAGAAAAGUCUGCCUCGCCACCUGUCUGUCAGAAGCGCCACCGCCACAAUAGUAAUUGUGGGAACAGGUUGAGCCCCACAGGCGAGGAUGCCCCCACCCAGUUCACCCCAGCUAUGGAGGAGGUGAUGCGGAGGCGUGCAGAGAGACUCAGUAGUUCGGACAGUGAGGGCGAAGGUUACGCUGUUUCCUACGCGACUGGCUCCCCACAGAUGUUUGAGAUGUCCGAGUCUGAGGAUUCUAAUGAUGCCACCGUCUACUACUCCCCCACAGCUGCCUCCCCACCCUCUGCUCCAGCCCAGGUCACCAGUAUGGCAACGAAUGGUAAAGGGCAAGCCAAAGGAGUCCACUUGGUGUCCCCUCGGGAACUUGCUGACCUGCUGGAGUCAGCCCAGCUGGUGAGGAGCACAGCCACCCAGACCUACCCUGGAAUUAGAGUCACACGCAGUGUAUCCAGACAGACUUCCCCAGAGAUGUUUUAAGGGAAAUAGUGUGUGCUUGUGUGUGUGUGUGUGUACAGAAAGUGAUAUACAGACAAGAGGAAUGUGAUGGUGCUUGCCUAGGAAAUGGCUCAUGAAACUGCUUGAGGAACUGAAGCCAGUGUAGUGAGGUGAGUGACCUGGACAUUCUGUGAGCGACUUUGUGUGACUACCAAACCUUUAGGUCUGGGCCAUUGUGUCUCUGGGAUCGUGCGGCAACACAACACUUCUUGGUGCUUCUUCACCUGCAGGAUGUUUUGUACUUGUCUAGUGAUGUGGAGAAAACAAAAUCUUGACCAAGAUUCCUACUAAAUACUAAGAAGUCAGCGGACCAGCACGCACGAAGUAUUGACGUUAAAUAGUGAAAGUGUUCUUGUUGUUGUAUAUAUUUUUUCUAGUUACCUUUUCAUUCAAGUUUGAUUUGCUGCAAAAUGUCAAUUUGUGGCUGCCAUUGUCAUUCAUCACAAAGUUUCAUUUCAGACUUAAGUUAUUUCAUGUCAUUGUCAUUGUCUUCAUCUGGGGUUCAUGUGCUGAGGAGAGUUUAUAUUUUGUUUGUAAUAUUUUGUAUUGUCCUUCCUAAGUUGGAUUAGCUGAGCUUUUCCAGGUUGCACAGUAUGAGCUGUGGUCUGGCCCAACUCUACAUUAUAGAGUGACUGCUGCACUGUAGUGAGGCAACUCUGACCAAGGCUGUGAUGGAUCUAGGAAAGAGCAAGUUUUUUGCAACUUUUUAGUCUGCCGGCAUUAAUGUUUUCUGCUUCCUUGAGGCAUUAUUGAAUAUACUGACAAUGAUGAAAGGCAAUAUUUUUUGUACUUUUCUUAUUCUUAUUAUUAGGUUUUCAGGAAAGAGUUUAGGUUGUGCAGUAAGUUAAAGGAGAGGUUAACUUUUAACCUUUAUUUACUAUUUUCUAAAAAAGAAAAAAAAUCACUUAGUUACAUCUGUGCAAAAGUUUCAUUUAUUUGCUGUAACUUGCUAGUGGCUGUGGUCUUAUUGCAUGUCAAGUCACAUAAUUACUUGAUGUUGAACUGAUUUAUGAACUCCAGGUAAUUGUUGACUGCUAAGUAAUGUUGGUAGUACUGUACUUUACUCUUCUCCUUUCUCCUAAGAUCUCACAAGGUUCAUGUUGUGUUUGCUCAAAGCUGCGGCUCCCAACUCAGUCAUUACUGAUUUUAUUCCACUGUAUAGUGUACAUUUCAUUAUGUAAAAAUAAAGUGUUUUAAUUA